AUGACGUCCGUGAUUCCGGCUGCGUUUUUCGUAGCCGCGCUGCAGGUCAUCGAGGCGUCCGUCACGUGCCAGGAGAAACUCUUCGAUGACGACGAGCGCUCAAGCUACCCGAAUCACACACAGUUUCGGUAUUACCACUGCCCGGGAAGAUUCCCAUCGAACCACACCUUGUGCUGUGACCUUGAUCAACAGAAAUGCUGUCCGCCAUUGCGGCAUUUCUACGAAAUAGACAAGACAUGGGCGGUCGUUAUCUCGGUCACUGUGUCCGUCUUGUGCCUUCUCAUCGGGAUAACCUGCCUCGUAUGCUGCUUCUGGAGGAGAUGUCCCCUCUGGACAUGCUGCAGACCUCAACCAAAGCACGAUGUUGCCUUUUCGGAUCAAUAUGAAGAAGUUCCAGUUCUACCUCCGGAAGAGAAAAGCAAGAAAUCCAAAGCUCCGUUGGCAUCACUCGCGUCCACGAAUGCCAGCCAGGAUAAUCUCGAUGCUUAG